ACCAUAUAUUCGUAUUCAUUGUUAUAUCAUCAAUGGUUACUAAUAGUCAAUAAAAUAGCAAAGGUGCCGUAAGACUUCUAAGAACAUGUUUCAUGGACUGUCACAUUCCACUCACUCUUUCUCCCUCUUUCUUUCCUUUUGACGUAAUCACUUUUCAUUUUUAUUCACACCAAUUAGCAUAUCUCCUAAUAUCCCAGUAUCUACAUAUAUGUAUCCCCACUACCCGAUUUUUCGUUAGAAAGAUUUUACGAAAUUUUUCACAGUUUCAGUAUUUAAGGCGUCGAUGUCACGAUUCGUGCAUCAAAAAGAUAACGUGAAUCGCUAUACAAAGAACUGAGUCAAGAAUUUUUUAUUGUUUAAAAAAAUUUUAUUAGUAUGGUCAAUAUGAAACUUUUGACGAUCUUCAUCCUGGUCAUCCUAUCCAUGGCUCUUGUGUCUGCAACUCCACUAACGGAUUCUGAUUAUAUCCAAAAUAAUUACAAUGACGACCUCAACUUACCUGGUGCAGAGCGAUCGUUUCAUCCAAAACUUCUGCUGAAGAAGUUGAAGAAGAUCCUGUUCUAGAGUGUCAUACCUCCUUAUACUAAUCAAUACUUCAUGAGGUCGCUAAUCACACCUAACUUUCAGAGACCAAGUGAUCAAGGAUUAGACCAUAAUAAUUUUUGUUAUUUGUAAAUACAUAUUUUUCUACUGUGCAAGAGGCAUAUAUAUUAUUACAUGUAUCUAAAUAAAUAUAAUUUUCACUAAAACUUGAAUUAUCUCUAGCAAAUAUUUCCAAAAUCACCUGGUUACCAUCUAACGUAUUCUUCAAUGAGGAUUUUUGUCAGCUACUUCGUAGAGACUAUAGAACGUGGGGCGCAGUCUCACCUGGUGACCAGUGGUGGUGGUAUAAUAAACCACCUGGCUCCUACUACUAGCAACCACUAGGCAACUGUUACUCCAAAUAAACAAAACGUCUGAAGCUUCAUAAAGGGACGACAUCAUUCAGUAAUAAGAAGUCAAAGAUUAAAAUGCUGCGCGUACGGUCGCAGAAUAAUGUCUGCGAACAAGAAGCCAAAUUCGUACAGGAAAGAAUUUCCAGUGUGGAAAAACAUUUUGCUGAACUUUGCACAAUAUUCGCAGCGUUCACCAGGAAAGCAGCCAGUAUAUCAUUAUUGGUUUUUAGGUUACGUGACAAAAAUGACGAAGUGGCCAAAGUCAUUCAGAUGUAUGCCGAGUCUGAAAAUAUCAAUCAGUCUCUGAGCAAUGGCCUUAUCAAUUUCGCUACGACUCUUUCUGUCAUUGGUGAUUAUAGAGAUGCGGAAGUUCAGCGAUUAGAUUCAAAAGUCAUCGCACCGGUAUCCCAGUAUUCUGUGAUCUGCAAGCACGCACGGGAGGAUGUGAAAAAUACGUUCGCAGCUCGGGAUAAGGAAAUCACUAGGAGACGACACCUGGACAAGAUACGCGAACGAAAUCCACGAAAUCGACAAAUGAUUUCGCAAGCUGAAUCAGAAUUAAUGAAAGCUACGGUCGAAGUGUCUAGAGUUGUAAAGGGCUUGGAAGAACAGAUCGAUUCGUUUGAAAAAAGGAAGCUGCAUGAUUUGAAAAGCGUCCUUUUGGAUUUUGUAACGAUCGAAUUGAGUUUUCAUACAAAAGCAGUAGAAUUGUUAACCAAGGCUUACCAGGACGUGGCGGAGAUCGACGAAACGAAGGAUCUUGAGGACUUUCAAAUCGCGAGGGGAGACCUAAACGGGGAAUUUCGAGACGUGCUGAGGGUACCGGAUGCUGUAUCCAGACUAGAUACUGUGAGAAGAACAUCAUUCAGACAAGCUUACUCCUUGACUAAUCUUGCUGGCAGAUUAUCAUCUUCACCUGCCAUUGUCAAAAAAUCGACAAACAGAACAGUCGAAUCACUGGAAACUCCAAAGGGUGGUUUUAGAAAUUCCUCAGAAUCAGUCCAGAUCGAGGAGUACGGGAUGAGUUCAGAAGAAUCUGAAUCCAAAUCAGAUUCUGAAUCUGAAUCUGCAAGAGAGAAAAGAGUGAGAACGAGGCAUAAAUCAAUGUGACCUAAUAAUAUAAAAUUCUACUUUUUCAUUAUCAUUAUUUUAUAGGAAAGAACAAUAAAAUAUUCAAAACGAA